CGGUGUUGCUGACACUUUGUUGGCAACUAACGUUAGUAAGCUAUAAAAUAUUUCUUCAGUAGCCCUGCUGGCUAGUUAGUUAGCUAAAUAUUGUACGCUUAUAGCUUACGUUAGCCAGAUAUUUCAUUUCACUAGAUUGGAUAUUCAGUAAGACUCUCUUGCUGACAUAGAUUACGUAGCUAUCUGUUUUAACACUGUGUAUGUUAUAUAUGCAAGAGGCUGUCCUUAGCAUCUGGAAGCUCAAAUAAAAUUGUGGAGAUCUGAGAGACUGGUGUUAAAGCGCAUAUGACAUAGCUAUCUAACUACUUAGCUAAGACACCAACUGCAGGGAGUCCUAGUUUGACAUUAUCAUGCACGUUACUUAUCGAGUUAACACUAGUCAACAUUAGGCCACAUUGAUGGUUUGAUGCCUAGUUGUAGCAGUGUUUAAGGCAAGAGUUCGCCUUAUUGUGUUAUAUUGUGGUUUCCAAGCUAUCAGUUUUAGUUUGCGCUAACAAUUUAGCUUGUUUGCUAACAUAAUGGCAAGGUAACGUACAUUCUAAUGGAGGUGGCAUGUUAUCCUGUUUUUAAUUUCUCUUAACAGUUUGCUGUUACCAGCAAAUUACAAAAAUGUGUUACUUUAUAUUAUGCCUAGUUAACAUUCGCGGUAGGAUUACGGGAACAAGCGGAAAUGUUGUCGUAACAGGAUGACAACACUGACCAAUGAUACUGAACCGCUUUAGGCCAGAGGCUGGGGAGGCUAUCCAUUCUAUUUUGCUAACUAACGUUAGCAAGCUACCAUAAGCAUCGAUGCAGUCUGUACAGUACUAACACUACUUUGUUUUAACACAAUCCUAAAUCCGUCACUGGUUCACGACCAACAUUUCACAGCUAUCAGGUUGAUAGCUAGCUAUGAUAAGUGCCAUUUUAUCGUUGUUGUAAAGUAAUAGUACCACAAGGAUAGCGAGCUAGCUUCGCUCGCUUACUACGUAAACAAGCACUUUGGCAGGUUGGCUACAUGGAAACCUAGCUUCUUGUUUAUGGAUGCUAAACUGUUAUCAUACAAGCUCAUAUUGUUGACAGUGAACCUACAGCUCUAUUCCCUCGUUAACGUUUCGACGAAAAGAAGAAAGAGCCAAAAUGGCCACCGCACCAUACAACUAUUCCUACAUUUUCAAAUACAUCAUCAUUGGGGACAUGGGGGUAGGAAAGUCAUGUUUGCUUCACCAGUUCACAGAAAAGAAAUUCAUGGCGGACUGCCCCCACACGAUCGGCGUGGAGUUUGGCACGAGGAUAAUCGAGGUGAGCGGCCAGAAGAUCAAGCUGCAGAUCUGGGACACGGCGGGCCAGGAGCGCUUCAGGGCCGUCACACGCAGCUAUUACAGGGGGGCCGCUGGAGCACUCAUGGUCUACGACAUCACCAGGAGAAGCACAUACAACCACCUCAGCAGCUGGCUUACUGAUGCCAGGAACCUCACCAAUCCCAAUACAGUGAUCAUCCUCAUAGGCAACAAAGCAGACUUGGAGGCCCAGAGGGACGUCACGUACGAGGAGGCCAAGCAGUUUGCGGAGGAGAACGGUCUGCUGUUUCUGGAGGCCAGUGCUAAAACGGGUGAGAAUGUGGAGGACGCCUUCCUGGAGGCGGCCAAGAAGAUCUACCAGAACAUUCAGGACGGCAGCCUGGACCUGAACGCGGCUGAGUCGGGUGUGCAGCACAAGCCCUCGGCGCCGCAGGGCGGUCGGCUAACCAGUGAGCCACAGCCCCAGAGGGAAGGGUGUGGCUGCUAAUGACCAAUCACCCACCUACCUUCCCCAACCACCUACUCCACCCCACAAACCAACAAACCAACCACCUCUCCUUGACACAUACCCCAGACACACACACACACACACACACACACACACACACACACACACA